GGUCUCGCGGUGUUUCCAUUUGAACCUCUGGGCGGGUGCCGACGAUGGCGGCGUCGCUCCCGCGACCUGGGAAUCGGCUCUUCCGAACGUAUGGGGCUGCGGGCGGCGGGGGGCCGCGGCGGCGACCCGGCAGGGCAGCGGCGCAGUGGUUCCCGCCGAAAGACCGGAAGCGUUUAUUCAGCAGCAGCAGUAGCAGCGACGCCAGCAGCGGCGGCCCCUCGCGCUCUAUCGCUUCCGACGAUCCCGACGACCCAGACUUCCUCGGCUUUCCGGUGGGUCGACGGCGGAGGGGCCUUGGCGGUCGAGUCUCCGAGGACCGGCCGAGUCUGAUCGUGACCCCAAGACGCCUGAGGCUGCGAGCUCGGCCUCCGCAGAACUGCAGCACCCCCUGCGGGCCGCUCGAACCGCCGCCCUUCUCUAACGGCAACCCGUGCCUACUGAGCCCGGACCUCAGUGCAUGCAGCCGGCCCGGGGACGGCGGCGAGCUGGGCACCAGUGCCUCCCUGUUCAGCAGUCUGGCCUCUCCUGGCCCCGGCCUCCCAGCGCCAGGAGACAGUGUCCUCGGGACCGGCCCCGCCGCCUCUUUGGAUGCAGCCUUUGAAGUUCCGAGUGGCUUACACCUCCCAGCAGCCUCCCUGGACCCAGCAUCCCUCCACCGCCUCCAGGAGGCAGCAACAGGAGGAGGCAGGUUCACUAGGUUGGCCCACCAAGCCCAUGCCAACCUCAGGUCAGCUCUCUUUAGCGUCACGGACUCUGGAAACCCUGAGGAUUCUGAGAGUGGGGCAGUUGGGAGGAAUAUGAGGGAGUCUUGCUGUGAAACGGAACAGAGGGGGAAGAGGCUGGAGAGGCCAGGUUUUUCAAGCAUGGGUAAGAAGAGGGCCACAGACCAGGACUGUUGUCAACAGAUUGGGUCUCAAGGGGCUGCCCAGAUAGACUCCGAGGAGGCGGAUGGUUGCAAGGGCUGUAUUGUACCUGGGGAAAUCAACAGGCCUGAGAGAACUGGGCCUAGUCGAAAAUGGAAACUGCAGGAAACAGUAGAAACCUCCCUUCUCCAUCACCACCAGUUUAAGAGGGACCAAAAGAGGGGAAAAGACUCAUCCCUCACCCAGGACCUGACUCAUUUACAGAAUGCCUCUUGGACCAAAGCCAGGGCUUCCUUCAGUUUCCACAAGAAGAAGAUGGUGACUGCUGUGUCGGAAGUAUGCAGUAGCUACACCGUUGCCAGUUCUCUCUCUGAGUCCCUCAUCUCUGAAUAUCCAAACCCUCCUGUUACGAACAGAACAAAUAGUGCUGUGUCUCCUUGGAACUGCUCUUCCAUGUAUUUGCUAACCCCGUUUAAGACACUACGUGUCACAGACAAAAAGGUAUCAGAUGCUGAAAAGGUUUAUGGGGAAUGCAAUCAGGAGGGCCCUAUCCCCUUUAGCAAUUGCCUUUCCACAGAAAAAUUGGAACGCUGUCAGAAGAUUGGAGAAGGGGUGUUUGGUGAAGUGUUUCAAACAAUUGUUAAUCACACACCUGUUGCCCUAAAAAUCAUUGCUAUUGAAGGACCAGAUUUGGUCAACGGAGCCCAUCAGAAAACUUUUGAGGAAAUUCUGCCGGAGAUCAUCAUCUCCAAAGAGUUGAGCCUUUUGUCUGAUGAGAUACACAACCGUACAGAAGGCUUUAUUGGUUUGAAUUCGGUGCACUGUGUUCAAGGAUCUUACCCUCCCUUGCUCCUCAGAGCCUGGGACCAUUAUAACUCAACUAAAGGGUCUGCAAAUGACCGGCCUGACUUUUUUGAGGAAGACCAGCUCUUCAUUGUGCUGGAAUUUGAGUUUGGAGGGAUUGACUUAGAGCAAAUGAAAACGAAGUUGUCCUCCAUGGCUACUGCAAAGAGCAUUCUACACCAGAUCACAGCAUCUCUCGCAGUGGCCGAGGCAUCACUGCACUUUGAGCACCGAGACUUACACUGGGGGAAUGUGCUCUUAAAGAAAACCAGCCUCAAAGAGCUCCAGUAUACCCUCAACGGGAACACGAGCACUAUCCCCACCCGUGGACUACAAGUCAAUAUCAUUGACUACACCCUGUCACGGUUGGAACGGGAUGGGAUCGUGGUGUUCUGUGACAUUUCCAUGGAUGAGGACCUAUUUACAGGUGAAGGUGACUACCAGUUUGAGAUCUACAGGCUAAUGAGGAAGGAGAACAACAACUGCUGGGGUGAAUAUCACCCUUAUAAUAAUGUGCUCUGGCUCCAUUACCUCACAGAUAAGAUUCUGAAACAGAUGACCUUCAAGAUUAAAUGUAACACCCCCGCCAUGAAGCAAAUGAAGAGAAAGAUCCAGCAUUUCUAUAGGACAAUGCUGAAUUUCAGGUCUGCCACUGACCUGCUCUGCCAACACAGUCUAUUUAAGUAAGCCAGACAUGCCUUACAGGCCCAAACUGAGAGGGUACUGGUCUUAAAGCCCUUGAUGCUGUUUUCAGCCUUCAUCCCCAGAGCAGGGUGGAUUUCCCAUUCUAAAUGUUUCUAAUCAACUUUUGAAACAAGAAUUUUGUUUCCUAGUAGAAACUAAAAUGUUUCUGAAGUUAACAAAUGUUCUUUAAAAAUAAACUAUACAUGGGAACAAGUGA